AUGGGCCUUCGUAGUUGCUAAUUGUUAGAGAGGACCUGGGAGUGUUGGUGGGUGACAAGCUGACUGUGAGCCGGCAGUGCCCCGGCGGCCAGCGGGCAAUGCAGCGGCAGGAGCUGAGCGUGUUCGGCCUCCAGUAUUCGAGGAGUAAUGGGCAUGAAGUAAAACGCGAGAACUUCCACCUCAACAUGAGGAAAAACUUCCUGACGUUGAGGGUGGCAGAGCACUGGAACAGGGAAGUCGUGGAGUCUCCCUCUCUGGGGACACUCCAAAGCCACGUGGACACGUUCCUGUGUCACCUGCUCCAGGUGGCUCUGCCUUGGCAGAGGGACUAGACUGGAUGAUCACUAGAGACCCCUUCCAACCCUAAGAGUUCUGUGAUUCUCUAUCAAGAUAUUAGGAAAUUCCCUGCAGUUCCCAAAACGUUGCCAGCUGUCAGUUUGGCUGCAGCUACAGGACUUGUGGCCCUUUUUAUGGAUAAGUUACAUCCAAGGAAUCUUAUCCCAGAGCUUUGUAGACUGUUUUAUGAUUUAGGCUGGGUAACAGGAACUGGUGGAGGAAUCAGCUUGAAACAUGGGAAUGAAAUCUACAUCGCUCCUUCAGGAGUCCAAAAGGAAAGAAUACAGCCAGAAGAUAUGUUUGUUUGUGACAUGAAUGAGCAGGACAUCAGUGGUCCUCCACUGCACAAGAAGCUAAAGAAAAGCCAGUGCACACCUCUCUUUAUGAACGCCUACACUAUGAGAGGGGCAGGUGCAGUGAUCCAUACUCAUUCCAAGGCUGCUGUUAUGGCUACCCUUCUUUACCCAGGGACUGAGUUCCGUAUUACCCAUCAGGAGAUGAUAAAAGGAAUCCAAAAGUGUACUUCAGGAGGCUAUUACAGAUAUGAUGAUACACUAGUGGUUCCCAUUAUUGAAAAUACACCAGAAGAGAAGGAUCUCAAGGAAAGAAUGGCACGUGCAAUGGAAAAGUACCCAGACUCUUGUGCUGUGUUGGUCAGACGUCAUGGUGUUUACGUGUGGGGAGGAACAUGGGAAAAAGCCAAAACGAUGUGUGAGUGUUAUGAUUACCUGUUUGAUAUCGCAGUGCAGAUGAAGCAGCAUGGGCUGGAUCCUUCAAAACAUCCAUCUGGAGAAAACGGGAUCUUGUAAAUGUCAACAACAUUUAUAUUCAGGUUUCUUACAUGGUGAUGGGAGUUCCAGAUUUCAGCUCAUGCUGUUGAAGCCAGAAGGGGGUGCUGUUAUACUCAGGGGAUUGACAGAUGCCAGCAGGCGGUUUUGACUGUUCAACGCACCCAAGAAGAAAAGGAGACUUCAAAACAACUGAGUUGCUAUUUAUGAAUCCUGUCAAGUGCUACAGUAGGAGGAAUGAAAAUUGAGAUGCAAAAAAAAGAUUUUGAACAACUAUGGAGAACUAACAUGACAUUUUGUUUGUGUGCCUUAAAAAUGGAUAUUUCAACAAUCUGCAUUGGCUGAUCCUGCUGUAAUUCUACAUCAUUUAAGUUGUUAUAACUUUCUAUUUCUGAAAGUUAUAGUAGCUUUUAUUCUUCAGGAAAAAAGUGAGGACGACCCCUUAAUUAGAAGUUAAUAAAAUUUAAAGCAUUGUUUGAACUGUGAUUCUUUCAUGCCAUGUUCAUAGGGUUGUUUUUCUUUUAAUUAAGCCUGUAGCGUAUGUAUUUUUAAAUUCUCCUAAUUGUCAUUAUAAUGAGUAGGAAACACAUAAUUUUAUAGUGUAUAUUUUGUAGUUAUUACUGAAAGACUGCUCUGGGUCUUGUCUGGUUUUUACAUCUUUACAUUCCUUCACUUUGAGUAAGAUUUUGUUUAUUGCAACUUUAAGACAGCUUUUUAUGACCUCUGCUUAGCCCCCCUAAGGUAGAUUUAAUCAAAGUGCUCAUUAAAACAUCGUAUCGCAUAUUUAUGACACAGUGUCUUUCAGGAUCUUCUUCAGUGGCUCCCCAGUGGCCUUGAGUGUAAGCCUUGAGUGACCAGUUUUUUGGUUGAGCGUUGAGACUUUAUGCCCAAGGGGGAAUUGAGACAGGGUAAGCACUGACUGACCGUGUUCUCUGCUAGGGGCCUUGCAUUCCUGCCACUUUCCCCUACAUCAUCUCUGGCACUUUUUUGAGCUUCCAUGAGGUUAAUUAACUCUUCAACCUAAAAGGAAACUACUGUGGGAGUGGGGGAAGGAAAAUUACUAAAUUGUUUCCUAAUAAGGCACUGGUAAAAUGUUGAAUCAAGUCAAAGGUGGGUUCAAAGAGAUCCAGAGCCAGGGCAAAAGAUGAGAUGGCUGAUACUGGAGAUGGCAGACAACACUUUCCCCUUUUCAUGGAGAUGACAGUUAAGUUCAAUGUCUUGGAAAUGUUGGACGUGUUUGUCUUUCCCUACUAUACAGUGCUGUACCUGCAGUGUGCAAUCUUUAAGCAUUAUGGGGGGGGGGGAGUGACCUUGGUUAUUGUGAAAUAGUGGUUAUCACUACCUUAUUGAAGGUUGUAUGUUUAUCAAUACAUUUUUUCAGUAUUAGACACUUGUUUGUCAGUGAUAAAUAUUUGAACUGCCUGAUUUCUGCAAAAAGUAAAUUCCUGUGGUAUUCUGAUGAUGCUUUCAGAAUAGAUCAUAAUUGUAUAAUUCCAUAAUACUAAUGUUCUGUAAGUAUAAAGAACGUAUAAAGCAGUAUAUUUACACUUA